GCAGUUUGCUUUCAGAUUCUCCUCUCUGCCGCGAGCAAUAUAGAUAUACCUGAACCUGUGGUAGUUCUUCCUUUGAACAAACAAUUUGGUACACGAGACAUGAGUAAGAAUCCUCAGCCUACCAUUGCAGGUGAUGUAUCUCUGACCACUGGACCAUAUGGUCAACCAGACGGUGCAUACUAUUUUCCAGGAAAGCCUUCAGGAUAUAUUGAAAUUCCAAAACAAUCCAAGACAGACGUGAGGUUCAAUGUGUCAUUUUUCACUUGGAUCUAUAACCAAGGCACAUAUGCACCAAUAUUAAACUAUGAAACUGACGUUUAUGCUCAGUAUGGUCUUCACGUCUUUGUAAAAGAUAAUUCUGUAUUCUAUGGCAAAUUGGUUACUCGAGAUAACACUAAAGACGUAAAUGCUGUUGAGGAAAAUAUUGCAAAAGAUGCAUGGACAUUUGUUGGGUUUACCCAUGACUACAGCGUUGGAAAAGUGAGAAUUUAUAUUGAUGGGGUACUUAAAAAGGAGGUUGCAUCGCCCAAGCACGAGCUGAACACAAAAUUUAAG